AUGAGAGAGAUUAUUGCUUGUGGAAUCAUGGUGCAUGAGCGACCAUUUAGCAUCGUAGAGGAUGACAUGUUCAUGUGGGGUUUUGAAUAUGCAAAUCCAAAUUUUAGAAGAGUUAGUCGUAAAACAGCAAGAAGUGAUUGUUUGCAAUUGUAUGAAGCUGAAAAGAAUACUUUGAAAAAGAUUUUGAAUAAUGUGAGUAAGGUUAGCAUUACAACAGACAUGUGGAAGUCAAGUCACCAAGUAGUUGAGUACAUGGUUGUGACAGGUCAUUUUGUUGAUGCAAGUUGGAACCUUCAGAAGAGAGUUUUGAAUUUUGUCAAAGUGCCUCCUCCUCGACGGGGAACAGAUAUAGCAAAUGCUAUUUUCAAGUGUUUGAGAGGAUGGGGCAUUGAGAAUAAAGUAUUCUCAGUAACUGUUGACAAUGCAUCUUACAAUGACUCUUGUGUUAGAAGUUUGAAAGAAAACAUGUCAUUGAGCAGUAAGUUAGUACUUGGGGGGCAACUUUUUCAUGUUAGGUGUUGUGCUCACAUUCUGAAUUUGUUGGUGCAAGAUGGCCUUAACACUAUUAAAGAUAUCAUUCUCAAUGUUCGUGAAAGUGUGAAAUUUAUAAAUUCUUCAGAUGCAAGGCUAAAGUCAUUCCAUGAAGUUGUUGAAUUAAAAGGAUUGAAAGAAAGGAAACUUAUUCUUGAUUGUCCAACAAGAUGGAACUCCACAUUCUUGAUGUUGUCUACUGCAAGUAAAUUUAAACAUGCAUUUUCAGAUUACAAUGAAAAAGAGCCACAUUAUAAGUAUGCACCAUCAUUUGAGGAUUGGGACAAGAUUGAGAAGGUUUGUAAACUUUUGGAGGUUUUUAAUGAUGCCACUCAUGUCAUCUCAGUCAAGAUGCUUCUUCUACUAGUGGACAUAGUGAAGUCAAUGUUGAAAGCAACACUUUGGUUGAUGGUGGACAACAAAUGGAUAAAGGGAUGCAAGAAAUAUUGAGUAUGGUUUACCAAAGUCAAUCAAUUCCUCUUACGAAAUCAGAGAUGGAGACUUAUCUUGAGGAAA